AUGAUGGGUCGGCCUAUUAUCUUUGUGGCUCAUAGUCUCAGUGGCCUCGUAGUUGAGGACGGCUUACUUCACUCUAAAAACAGCGCCCAACUACAUCUCCAAGAUAUCUCUAAAUCCACCAUCGGCAUUGCCUUUUUGGGCACACCACACCUUGGUGCUGACCUAGCAAGAUGGGCUGACCUACUCAAAGGAUUCAAGGUAGUCCUUCAAGACUUUAACUCUAACAUUGUCGACGUUCUUAGGCCCGAGUCAGAGGUUCUGGCGAGGAUACAGGGCGACUUCCACACGAUGCUACGAGUGUGGAAGGACUAG